GUCAGAAUUGAUUUGCUUGCAUCUUUGAAAGCUUUGCUAAUGUAUAUUGUGAAAGUUUAAUUUGCAGAUCAAGUAUGAGAAACUUAUCAUCUUUUUUCAUUUUGACGUUAGUCAGUUUUGUAACCUGUAAUUUGAUUGAGUUGUUAGACGACGGACCCGUUACCAUCGACAGCCCAAUCACCUUUACCGUGAAAAACUCGUACAACACAACAGCGCCUUCAUACGAAUAUCGAUUCACAUUUCCACGAUGGCCAAAAUAUAAUAAAAUCAUCCAGUCAACAGCAAGUGAAGUGAAUUAUACAGUGAUAUUCGAGUCUUCUUCCCCUGAAGAUGCAGGCUAUUACAUGAAGAAGGUGGAAGUAUGGUUUUGUCACCUCGGUAGACCUCUCCAUCGCAUUGGCUUUGAUUUCACAUCAUUUUUACUUUUUAAUCAUCUCACCGGAAGGAUUGCAAUUCACAUUGACGGAAGUCCGACGGAGUAUUUUGUUUCAACUGCAUUACCUGUUAAUAUGACUGCCGAAAUUAGCCACCGUUCAGGUUUUUUUGACUCAGCCAAUAAAACUUAUAAAUGGACUGUGAAUGGGUCACCUCAAGAAGGAAGUUAUGAUGAAUUCAUUGUCCGUAAUUUCUCUGAGCCUCAACUGAACAACAUUUCAGUUUUGGUUUCGGUCUCAAAAACCAACCCUGUCUUUCAAAAAACUGCUUACUUUACACUCACAUUGCAUAGCAAAGAUCCAAUUCACAAUUUAACUACUGAUAGCCAAAACAAUAUUCAACUUUUCAAAGAUGAAAAUCUCCAGUUAAAUGUAAAGAUUAAUGGAGGAACACCGCCAUUUUUUUAUUGCUGGGAAAUCACAAAUUCAAGCACUCCACGAGAAACUAUGAAACCUUUAAGUGAAAGUUUUCUUUGGUCCAGAUUUUCCGAAGAAGAAGACUGGCCUUCAAAGUGUAACAAGACAGACGAAAGCUCUUUCAACAUAAAUAGCCAUUUCGAUGAAGCGGGGAAUAAAACUUUGUAUAUUGAUGUCAAUAACUAUGUUUCAACCUCAACCAAGAUCAUAACCAUUUCAGUUCAUGAGAGAGAGUUACUCCGUCAACCAGAAGCCAAUAAACCUGCUGUUAUUCAAGAAACCUCAAAUAUCAUGGAAAAAUACAAACCUGUUAUGCUUUCUUCAGAACCCGAAAUUUAUGAGUAAGAAAUAGAAAGUUAUCUUCGAAGUAAAAACGAAAUAGAGUUUAUAAAUGAUAUGCAAACUGAUUUCCAGAACUCAUCAUGGAAAGACUAACAUUGCAAAUAUUUGAUAUUGAUAGAAAAAUAGACAUAAAGUCCAUAUAACCAUAAAAUUAUGCUAAUAAUCACUCUUUUCUGUAUUCCGAUAAAUCCUAAUCUAACAAAAUUUAUAAAUUAAAUAUACUUAAAAUGGUCAGCAAUCUUUAAUUAUGAUUAAGCUGAGACUGCAGUUCAUUUUUCA